AUGCUUGAUGGAGGAGCAACAGUCUCUGUGAUAUAUGACAAAAGGUUAAUUCACAAUUUUACAUCUGAAUCUAAUCAAAUUCUUGUCGACGUUCAACAAAACGAAGUCGCCGUGAAAGGUGAGGGUAACUUAGAACUCAAGUUUAAGGGCAAACGAAUUUCCCUACCCGCCAUAUAUGCACCAUCAACACACACCAAUAUCAUCAGUGUAGAAGAUCUAACAAAAUCACAGGCAUAUCUAGAUCUAAGAAGAAACUGCCUGCUAUCCAAGAACGGGAAAACCAUCGCUCCGACGCACAAGUUCGCGGGCCUAAGGUGGUUAUCUCGCAAAAAUGCUAUAGAACUACCAAACCAGACUCAAUCAGUCUAUGCAAUCACACCCAGAUCGGUAAGAUCUGCGCCAGACAAGUUCUCUCUGACAAGCAUCCACAACAUGUUUGGACAUAUGAAUAUCAAUUACAUCCGAGAAUCAUUCAGAAAAGGCUUAAUUCAAGGUGUGAAAGAAGACGAUGUAGACUGGACAGGAGUAAGCUCAUUCCAAUGCCAAUACUGUAUGGAAGGAAAAGCCAAACGUAACAACCAUUACGUGAACGCUAGAAAAGAUUAUACGAAGGAAUAUCUUCCUUUCGAAUACUUACAUACCGACGUUUUUGGACCAGUAAGAGUACAGAGAACCCGUACUACUCCAAGGUACUUCAUUGCAUUCAUAGACGAGGUCACAAAAUACAUAUGGACCUUCCCGUUACUACAUAAAACAGCAGAAGAAGUAGCCCCGACAUUCAAGGAAGUCGUCAUGCUGAUUUAUACACAGUUCAACACGAGAGUGAAAACCAUCCAGAUGGACAAAGGAUCGGAAUACCUGAACACUAAGGUACAGAAAUUCCUAAGGGAAAGAGGAAUUGUUUCGAGAGAAACGACCGUUGCUGAUUCAAAAGCCAAUGGAGCCAUAGAAAGACAGCACUAUACACUCUUGAAUGACUGUAGAACGUUCUUGCGACAAGCUAACCUACGCCCUAGAUUGUGGUAUCAUGCCGUCGUAUACUCUACAGUAAUGAGAAAUUCACUCCUAAAUAGAAGUAUAGGAACGUCCCCGAGAAACAGGGCGGGGAUGUCGGGACUGUCAUUCAGAGACAUUCUUCCCUUCGGACAACCCGUGAUUGUCCACUUACCCAACCCAAAAUCGAAACUACAAGCUCGGGGAGUCCUAGGCUAUGCUCUCCAUCCAUCCACUAGAUCAUACGGGUACAUCAUAGUCGUAGGAAAGAAGAAGAAAAUACCUAUCGACACUCGAAACUAUCGGGUCCUGAACUACCCACCAGGUGCAACAAUCUCAGAAGAUGAGGUGCAGUACAUGAUCGACCGUAUGGAAAAUAACGACGCAGAAUCUCAAGACGAUAUAGAGUCGAACUUUGAACCAAAUUAUACGGAUAUGGAGCAACCCAUUCACCACACAGCGGACUAUUUCCCGAACACAACCGCCCCAAACAUCGAGACAGACCAAUACAAUAAUGAUAGCUUUGGUCUGCAUUACGGGGGUGAUUCCGUACCACCUGAGUCGUCCAGUAGCGAGGACGAACUGUUCCCCACAGACGAAUCAGAAAACGAUUCAGACUCAUCGGACCAAUCAUUCAAUGAUGAUGGAGACCCCAUGUCCCCUCCAUAUUCCGGGGGUGAGGAACAGAUAGUACCAACACCAGCCCCGAUUAGACGCGUUCCACCAAUGGAACCACCAUCUCCUGUCGAGGACUCUCCCCCACCUUUAUCUGGGACAGACCUCGACGACUUAUUUGGAGAAUCUAACAUAAAUAAUUACAUCCCAGAAGAUACAGAUCUACUGGCACUAAACCAUGAAUCUGUUCCGGAACCCGAUACCGCGGUACCAGAAACAACGAACAUUGAACAAGAUAAUGUUCUACCAUUAGAAACUAACGAAAACUCUAACCCUCCAAAUGAUAACUCGGACCAGUCAGGCGAAGGGUCAGGCGAAGAGUCAGGCGAAGAGUCAGGCGAAGAGUCAGGCGAAGAGUCAGGCGAAGAGUCAUGCGAUGAGUCCGGCGAUGAGUCAGUCGACAACAGACUCAAGUCCAUACCUAUUUUCAAUGGAAACAAGCACAAAGACGCAAGAACUGCUGAAGCAGAUUUGGAUUCUUUGUACGGGGGUGGAGAUAAUACAGAAAAUAACAAUGGACCAACUUUAGAAGAGGUGUUCAGAUCGAUCGAAGAAGAUCCAUUCAUGUUAACACAGAAAAGACCGAGAUCACGUGCCCGCUAUCGUGAAUCUAACCAAGAUAGUUGCGAUUCCGGGGGUGACUACGAGUCAGACUCAGAUUCAGACGGAUCAUCUGACGAGUCACCUCAGAAAGGAAGAAAAAUACAACGUGUGAACUAUGUUAACGCGGUCCUAAAACCAGUGAAUGUAAUUCCACUCAAUAUGUCCCUAAACUACUCGCAGGCAAUAUCUCGGAACAGAAACGAAGAAGAGAAGGAUGCUUUCCAAAAGGCAUACCAGAAGGAAAUAGCACAGCUAACCAAAAUGAACACUUGGAACGAAGAAUUAAUAGAUGCCUCAACUCUCCCUAAGAAGAAGAUCCUAAACUCAAUGUUCAUUUUCACCACUAAAAGAGAUAAUUCCAAAAAGUGCAGACUAGUCGCUAGAGGAGACCAACAAGCCGCAGAUACGUAUGACACGGAAUUAAAGGCAAAUACAGUGGACAACCUAGCUCUCAUGACAGUCUUAGCACUGACACUAGACUACAACCUGACCGCAUUCCAACUUGACAUCUCAUCAGCUUACCUCUACGCUGACCUUAAGGAAGAAUUGUACAUUAGAGCACCACCACACAUGAAUGCCAAGAACAAGGUACUAAGACUAAAUAAAUCACUCUAUGGGCUAAAACAGAGUGGAGCAAAUUGGUACGAACUAAUCAGAUCGUUCCUAAUUAAGAAAUGUGACCUGUUUGAAGAUAGAAUGUGGAAGUGCGUUUUUAGAGACAAAGAACCGCUGAAACUUAUCAUAUGUCUUUUUGUCGAUGACAUGCUGGUUGUAGGAAACGACGUCAAAUAUAUCAAGAAAUUCAUAUCAAAGCUAUCUAAGAGAUUUGAUACAAAGAUUGUAAAUGAUGGUUCACACAGGCCAGAAGAUGGAGUAAACGAGUAUGACAUUUUGGGCAUAGAAUUAGAGUAUAAGAAAAAAGAAUACAUGAAGUUCGGAAUGCAGAAGUCUCUAGAGGACAAGCUGCCACAACUGGGAAUACCCCUACUCCCAAACACUAAAAUCAGGAAGGUUCCGGGGGUGCCUGGAGACUACAUUUUCUCAGGAAAGGAACUGACAUUAAACGAAAGAGAAUACAAAAGCAAAGUUAAACACCUGCAAAAAAUAGUGGGACUAGCGUCCUACGUAGGACAUAAGUUCCGGUUUGACAUCUUGUACUACGUGAACAUCUUAGCACAACAUCAACUGUACCCCAGCGCCAAGGUCCUAGACAGGGCUGCACAAUUAUGCCAAUACUUGUGGGAUACAAGAGAUAAGAAACUAGUUUGGCAUUAUUCUGGUCCCAAGGAAAACAAUGUUACGGCUGUAUCAGAUGCAGCAUUUGCAGGGAACCAAGAUUUCAAAUCACAAUCAGGAACUCUUUUCCUGAGAAACAACAAGCCCAUAGCAGCAAAAUCAAGAAAAAUCAAGUUGACUUGUAUCUCGUCCACAGAAGCCGAGAUAUACGCAAUCAGUCAAAGCCUGCCAAUACUACGUGGUUUAGAACACCUAGUGAACAAGUUACAAGACACAAAAGUAACAGUGAAAGUUAAAACAGACAGUCAACCAUCAAUGGCAAUAAUAAACGGCACGGAUGACUCAGCAUGCCUCAAGAAACACAUUGGUAGUAGGGCAAUGAGGAUAAGAGAUGAGUGCGAUGAUCUCGGACUUACACUCGAAUACAUCCCCACAAAAGAAAACAAUGCUGACAUUUUAACCAAACCCCUAUCCGUGAAGCUAUUCAAACUUCUCACAGAGGACUGGAUACAAUAG